AUGGUUGCGAAAAAGAAGAAAACGGAAGAAGGUAACAUGAAAACGCCCAUUAAAUAUGGUAAAGUGGAGAAGACCGUUCGCAAAGCUCCAAUCCCUUCUUCCCUACAACCACGGGACGAUAGCCCAAUCAGGGCCAUAGUUUGUCUGAAAAAAAUCAACGACAUGAAGCGUUUCGAGGAAACUGAGGACUGCUUCAUCCUAGGAUUUGACCCUUCCGAGCCUGUUCCCUUGUUGGAAAACAAGAAGAACCCUGCUUCUGCUCGCAACAACGAUGACGAUGAUCUCUCUGUUAUUGCUGAAAAGGGCAAGGUAGCUUGCAGAGAUUACCCGCACUCAAGACAUCUCUGUCUAAAGUUUCCUUUCAAGACCACGCCUCAUCAGAGCUAUUGUGAAAUGUGCUACUGUUAUGUUUGUGAUUCGGCUGCUCCCUGUUUGUACUGGACCCAGCAUUGCAAUGCAGAGAGUGUUAGUUACUGGAAGAAUCAGAGGAAUAUGAGGAAACAACAGGGGCUCCUCCUCACCGGCAAUUGCUGAUUACUUGAUUAGUACUGGAAGAGUCAAAUGGUAUUUUGAAACAAAAAUAAUGUAUAUAUUAAGCUGUCA